AUGAAUUUAAUUUGGAAUGGUGAUUGGGAAGUUGAAUCACAAGAGCUUAAAUUGAGAAAAUGGGAACCAAAUUUCAACCCAGAAUCUCAAAGAACUUCUAUGGCUUAUGUUUGGGUACAACUUCCUGGUUUAAGCAUUCAAUACUGGAAGGAUAAGAUUUUAAUGAAUAUUGGAAAGGCUUUGGGAAGGCCAAUAAAGUUUGAUGAAACAACUUUUAAGAAGGAAGCAGGUUAUUAUGCUAAUAUACUGGUGGAAAUGGAUUUAGCAAAGGAAAUUCCUAGCAAGAUCAAUGUUACAUCUAAGUAUGGUACUUUUGAUCAACUAAUUAAUAUACCAAAUAUGCCAAAGUUUUGUUACAAUAGCAAGAUAGUAGGUCAUCACACAACAGAAUGCAGAAGUAAAAAGACUAGUGAAGUUGUGAAACAACCUAAACAAGUGUGGAGAGUAGUUACAAGCAAGAAGACAAAUACUCAGGUACCUUUUGAUAUAUGUAAUCCUGUUAUACCAAUGGAACAAAGCUCUUUAUCUGAGGAACCUAGUACACCUAAUUUAGUAGAACUUACAAUGGCAGUACCUCAAAAUUCAGCUGCAGGUGCUCCUGCUAUUAAUAAAAUUAGCACCAUUAUUCCUCAUAUUGGUAGAAAAGUAGCAAAUGAGAAUGUACCUAAAGUUAAACAGAAAACAUGA